UGGCGUCACUAAAUGUAAGACACUGACUCUUCGUGUUAACCUGUUAACUUCGUGAAGUUCUGUAUUACCUGAUGAGCAGAAAAGCUUGGAGAUGAAAGUAACUUUGCUGGUUGGUUUACAGCUGUCUCUUCAUAUUUGGAUUUGCACGUGUGAGACCAAACAGAAUGAUGAUUUAAAGUCAUACGAAAAUGAGCUGAUAAAAAAGAAAAUGAGGAGUUCUCUCCAGUAUAUCCAAGCAUCUGACCGCCCCACGUUCUUGAUAAGGUGUGGAGGGGGCUCUAAUUGUACCACCAAGGACAUAACAAACAUAAGAUGGCUGGCGGGUACGGCAGAAAUCGCUAAGAAUCGUUUCUGGCAAACAUACUCAUGCUUCAAAGCCGAAGAUAUCAAGACAUGUCCAGUUGAUGGACAUUGGGGCGCGUGGAGUCCUUGGAGUAAGUGUACGGCGGGGUGUGGAGAGGAGGCGAACUCCACCAGAUCACGUCUGUGUAACAACCCCCACCCAGUAAACGAAGGACUGACGUGUUCCGGAUACAAUACCAGAUCCAGUAUAUGUCGUGGAAAGUGCUACCUAAGCCGUGAACGGACGGCAGCACUGGUGGAGUCGGAGGCUUUCCUGACCAAGAUCCACCAGGCCUACCCACGUCUGCGGCCUCUAUGUCUACUGGGUCACUGUUUGUACGACCAGGCAGUCAGUGUGUUACAGCCCGGGGAUGCGGGGAAGUAUUGGUCAAGUUUGCAGUGUGUUAAAUAUAAGCGAGCCUGUCCAGUGGACGGAGACUGGGCUUCCUGGACACACUGGUCGACAUGUGAAUCUAAGUGUGGGAGUGGAAUCCACUGGAGGGUCAGGAACUGUACUCAACCUCCUCCGGCAAACAACGGUCUCAUUUGUCGGGGUCCUUUCUACGAGGAGGAACCGUGUGUUGGGAGGCAGUGUGAAAAGAAAGACUUUGCUCUUGGGAUCUACAUGUCUGAUUGGUCAAAAUUCGGACCUUGCUCCGUCAGCUGUGGUCGGUAUGGUGUGAGGAACACACGGCGGGUUUGCCUAUCACCUGGUAAAUGUGGCGGUUUGGUGAAGAAAAAUGGCAAUGAAAUCGUCAUCAGGGAACCAUGUUUCCGCGGACCCUGUCCGGCUGAUGGAAAGUGGUCAAUGUGGUCGCUGUAUACAGAAUGUUCAGCAGACUGUGGCAAAGGCCGAAAAAUCCGGAUACGAACAUGUGACGGCAUACACUCCUCGGAUAGUGCAUUUUGUACUGGACAGUCAGUCAAUGUCACGUUAUGUGAAAACAGGUGCAAGAAAGAUCCAACACUGGUCAACGGGACAGCGCCUGUCACAGCAUCGCCAUUUGUUCCUGUACAAAAAGUACCACCAAAGGUAUGGAAACUUGACCCUCAACACCCUUAUGUGUACGAGUUGGAGCCUGACCGAUUAGGUCACUUUACCCACUGGUCAGCCUGGUCACGGUGCUCCAAGUCAUGUGAAACCGGACAGAAGCUAAGGUCUCGGAAAUGUACUGUGGCAGGGCGGUGUUUUGGGGAGGUCAGACAGACGCUCUUCUGCAACACAGACAAAUGUCAAGUGAACGGUGGUUGGAGUAAAUGGUUGGCUUGGUCACACUGCACCGUCACUUGUGAACGUGGAUACCGGCUGAGAUACCGGAAGUGCGAUAACCCGCCCCCCCAGUUUGGUGGAACUUGUUUUGGAAAAAGCAGACAAUUUAGGAAGUGCGAUCUUGGUACUUGCAAAGGACCCCAACUGGACUAUGGACACUGGGCAAAGUGGGCCUCCUGUAGCAAGCAGUGUGGAGUUGGUGUACGGCUCCGGUCUAGGAAUUGUCACCUGAAAAUAUCAAUGAAACUAUUUCGAGUCAUUUCAUUAUUGCCACACAGGCGGAUGCUAUGUCAUCUUAAAAGCAAAAUGUGGGGAAGUUGUGGGCAGAUGCCGUGUCAAGUUGCUGGUGACUGGGCUCAUUGGGGUUCCUGGUCCGCCUGUAGUCACUCAUGCGGAGGCGGGCUCCAUUUCCGGGACAGAACAUGCACCGAUCCCGCUCCUUUGUACGGAGGAAAACAUUGCAAAGGUCAUGGAUCAGAAAUGACACCCUGUUUUCACGGUCCAUGUCCAGACCGGGAGGACACAGGUGUGAGGCUGAACGGUAGCAGCGGGUUACUGUAUUCUCCUUUCCAUAAACCCCAGUCGUACCUGAGUCUCCACCUAUUACUGCAACCACUUCGUCCGCACGGGACCAUUGUGUACAGGUCGCGGGCAUGCAAUGUGGGAAAAUGUCGUCAUAGUGUAACUGUGUCGUUAGUUGACGGUAAACCCCACGUAGUGGGGGUCAACAGAGAGUCGAGGAUAACUAUCAAGUCUAACACAACACUACAGGUACGAGAAUGGCAUACUGUAUAUGUUUAUUUGUCUCAAUAUCAUGGAUUUCUGAGGGUCAAUAAUGGCGCUCAUCUCCGUGCUGAGUAUCACCCCAAACCCUCCGUUCAGGUUAACUAUGACAGUGGAAUGACACUAGGGGCAAAAACAGACAACGGGUUUGUCGGUGUGAUUGCUGAGGCCAAUGUGAACUUCCAGAUGCUGAGUCUACGACGUGUUUCAGGAUGGAACGGGAACGGAAUGCCAGAGGACGACUGGUUGACACAAAGUGUACAUGUUGAUCCAGUCACUAAAUAUCCUAAAUUUUAUAGCGACACCUUUAUAAAACUGUCAAUUAGCGAUAUUAAAAGAUUAAAUAUCCAGAUGUCAAUCUGGCCCCAACAGUUGGAAGGACUCGUGCUGUUUAAUGAGGGCAGGAUUCCGGGAUCGUUUGUAUACUUAAUUAUACACAAGGGUGUGCUCCGGUUUUGUUUCAACUGUGGACAGCUAUCUGUUUGUGAAAACGUUCAGGACGUAGAGUCGAUGCGUUGGUACCGCGUGUCCAUUAUCGUGUCUGGGAUCAUGAGCAGUAUCCGUAUAAACUUAGGGAAGGCAGUCCAGCUCACCUCUCCAGGACUGCCGUACUACACCGGCUCGCAUGUAUUCGUGGGUGGAGGAGAGAGUCAAGACUGGGUCAUUUUCACAGCUAUUACAGGAACAGACCGAGGAUUUUCAGGGACUUUCCACGAGGUCACCAUCAACGGCCAACACUACACGCUGCGGACCCAGCCUCUGGAGAACAGCAGGGGGUUCAUGAACACCGAGGGUGUCAGUUCCACAGAGAAGAUUAUGGAGAUCCUUGAGCGAAGCGACAGUAAAGUAGUCCUUCGAUGUGACUUUUCACAUUAUGCGCAUUCUGAAAGUGAUGUUUACGUGGAAUGGUUUAAUGUAGACAAGAAAAUAAAGUCUAGUCCUGAUCGAAAAAUUACGCCAAGGGUAUGUAACUUUCAUUAUCAAAUUUUCUGUAAAGUGUCGUUAUAGAUUAUCAAUGCCUGAAUUAAAAACGAAUGUUGAUUUACUUUUAGUUUAGUUGACUUUGUUAGUAUAUUAGUACUACCUUGUAAAAGUAAAAAAGACGGAAAACGAUUUUGCUUAGGGAAAGUUGGAUGGUUUGCUUAGGGAAAGUUGGAUGGUUUGUUAAGUUAUGAGUACAAU